GUGAAAUCAAGAUGGCGUCAGCGUUACCAAAUCGUUUGCGCAUUUUUUCUUCUUAAUACGACCACUUCUUUAAGUUGUAGCAUAACUUAAAGUGUCUAAUUUCUGUGAUAUAUUUAUCUGUGAGUUGUUUCAAAUGUUUGAUCGUUGUAAAAGGCGGCUUUGUUUAGUUUUAAUCGUUAGAAAAUGAAUCAGUGAACCGUCAAUACUGUGUUAUUAAGUAAGGUUGACGUUUAUUGCUGAAAAUGGAGGGAAAAUCUGUGAAGGAUAGUCAGCAAGUUAGAGUGUAUGUCCGUGUUAGGCCACUGAGUGUUUCAGAACGAAGAGGUAGAAAUGAAUCGAUUGUAGAUUGCUCUGGCAGCAAAGAAGUUAGGGUUAGAGAUCGAAGUCAUGUUGUCAAACCAAAGGUUUUCAAAUUCGAUCAAGUGUUUGGGCCAGACUCAAAACAGAUUGAUGUCUACCAUUCCAUAUUGAAUCCAAUGAUGGACGAAGUCCUGUCUGGCUACAACUGCACUGUUUUUGCUUAUGGUCAGACAGGCUCGGGGAAAACCUUCACCAUGGUUGGAGAGCGAAGCAGUGAUCCGACAAUUUCGUGGGAUGUCGAUCCUCUUAGCGGCCUCAUUCCCAGAGCUCUUAGUCACUUGUUUGACAAGCUGGCAAAUGUUCAAGAAAAUUACGUCGUUCGUGUGUCGUAUCUAGAACUGUACAACGAAGAGUUGAUAGACCUGCUGUCCAAAAAUGAUGAUGUACCAAAACUAAAGUUGUUUGAAGAUACCAGUCGCAAGGGCGGCGUUAUCGUCCAAGGCCUCGAAGAGGAGAAAGUGAGCACCAAGGAUGAGAUAUACCACAUUUUGGAAAAGGGCUCUGAGAAAAGGCAGAUGGCUGCAACUCUCAUGAAUUCUCAAUCCAGCCGAUCACACACAGUGUUCACCAUCACCCUGUGCAUCAAGGAAAUACUGUCCGACGAGGAAGUGAUCAAGACCGGCAGGUUGAAUCUGGUCGACCUGGCCGGCAGCGAGAACAUUGGCCGCUCAGGGUCCAUCGAGAAGAGAGCUCGAGAAGCGGGGAACAUCAACCAAUCGCUGCUCACUCUGGGCCGAGUCAUCACUGCUUUGACGGAAAACGCCCCUCAUAUCCCGUACAGAGAAUCUAAACUGACGCGGCUACUUCAGGAGUCUCUUGGUGGUCGCACAAAAACUUCUAUCAUCGCCACCGUGUCUCCUGCGCUGUCCAACUUGGACGAAACCCUGAGCACACUCGAAUACGCGUUCCGUGCUAGAAAGAUCGUCAACAGGCCGGAGGUCAACCAGAAACUGACCAGGAAAGCUGCGAUAACGGAUUAUACGGAAGAAAUAGAGCAUCUGCGUCGUGAUUUGCUUUGCAACCGUGAGAAGAGCGGUGUGUACCUGGGUUACGAAGACUACAUGCACAUGCUGACAAACCUAGAGAUGCUGCAGGAGGAGAACGAGCACAAGUUGGCGAAGAUGGCAGCACUGAAUGAAGAGCUGAAGGCCAAAGAGGAGCUGUGCAACAUGUUGUCCAUGAAGAUUGACAGGAAGUUCGAAAAGAAGCAGGAGCUGGCCGGUUGCCUCUCAGAGGUCGUCACGGAAUGCUACGAGAAGGGCCACCUGCUCGAGGUGCACGCGGAGGCAGAAAGGCGGUUGACAGAAAAGAUCGAGGUGGUGAAGUCUGUAGUGGAUGAGUCGUCGUCUCACAUCUACAAGCUCCACGACAAGCUCUCCCAAGUGGGGCAGGUGAGAAAUGAAAACAUAGAACGGUGCAAAAAUUUCAAAAAUGAUGCACUUCAGAAACUUUUAAACGUUGAAAACUGUUCCAUGGAACUGCAGGCGACAAGCGACUCAUUCUUUACUGAUCUGAAGACAACAAUAAGUGGUAAUUGUGAGAAGAGGAAUCAAGCCUGCCAAUCUUUGCAACAAACAAUGUUGUCGUGCGUAACUGAGCUCGACAAUAAAAAACGUGAAUUUGGUCCUGAAAAUUCUGAAUUCGUUAAGAAGAUUGAAGAAAUGGGACAACAAAUUGUUGACUGUGUUCAGGAAGCAGGGAGUUCUGCUGCGUGUGAGUGGCAGUCUUAUUUGGAACGUUUUGAUUCUGCAGCGAAACAUAUUGAAGAUCAUGUUCAGGCAGUGCAGAAUGAAACUGAGCCACUUAAAAAUCUUGAGAGGUGGCAGUUUACAAUGCAGUCAGACAUUUCUGAGAAGCAUGAGACAUUACAAGAAAUGAUGAAACAGUAUCGAGACUUAGAUUUUCAGGAAAACAUGUGUCUGCAAAGGACACUUGAAGACAUGAUUGAACAGCAACUGCAAAUGAACAAGGACGUGGAGCGCCUGGACGCCCACCUCGGGGAAGUGGAGCGGGCGCUGCGAGCGGACGCUCCUUGUCCGGAGGAGCCUGCAGCUCUGAGCGAGGACCUCGCGGCGCUCAAGACCUCCAUCCUGGAGGCGUUCGGCCAGCAGUCGGAGGCGUACCGGGAGCAGAGCGAGCUCUGUGUCCAGCAGAGCAACCAGUUUGCGUCCCAGAUCAGCGGGGCUGUGGCAAACAUUGCACCGCACCUUACUGUUGCUAUGGAAAACGUGUCGUACCUCGCGUCGGCAACCUCCGACAUUGUCAAGAGCAAUGAUGCCUUGUGGAACGAGUGUACCGAACAGUGUCAGAAAGAGAUGGGCAACAUUCGUGAGUGCCUUUGCGGGGGUCAUCAAGCAAGAAUACAGCACACAGAAACUCUCAGCCGUCUUGUGGAAGACAAGGUGUCGGAGUGUACGUCUGUGAUAGGUCAGCAAGAUGCUGACCUCGUCAGGAUGGCAGACUAUUUGUAUGGCUCCUUGGAUUCACAGGUUGACAGGCUGGAAAAUAAAUGGAGUCGUAAAAUUACACUUGAAAUUGAACAGACAAAAAAUGUUGUGGAGGAUUUUGUGUGCAAUGGAUUGUGCAAAGAGUUCCUAACAGGGGAAACGCCGGAGAGGAAAGAAUUCCAGUAUCCUCGCAACAUGAUGCCGCUCUCCCCGGAUGAACACAUUUUGGAAAGAUUCCGUGCUUCGGAGGACUACAAUCCUUCAGAUGCGGCCGUAGAGGCAGAGAUCGUCAACUCCAGCCUCACAGAAUCCAGCUCUUCAGGUGCCAUGACCGCUCCCUCGCAAAGCCCGCUGGCCAAGAGCCUCGACAAGGAGGAAUUUGGACAGCAAGAGAGAGCAGUCUCCACCAACGAUAUUCCGUCAUCGUCCCUGUCGGCUGACCUUGACCGUACCACCAUCAGCGAACCAGUUUUCCAUUCUCAGGGAAAUGGAAAGGAGAAUCGAGUGGGUGUAUGUGCAAAGAACAAAGCUGCAAACAAGCAUCCCAAGAAGGCUGUAAAAAAAAUUUUGGUUUCAAAAAAUUAAAUUAUGCUCAAUUAUUUCAGUUAUCAUAAAUUACUGUAUUUUGUUUCAAUUUCUAUGCAAUGAUAUUUUAUACGUGUUUUUUAAACGUUUUAGUCCCAAGUGCAUUCAUUCGAGACAAAUAAACAUUAUAAUGUAGUCA